AUGAAGUUCAUUACCUUACUGAGGAUGCCAGACAAAGAGCCUUGGAUGAUAUUGAUUCCCGCCCUUUCGGGUUUUGUCGGCGGUGGAGAGGAAGUCAAAAAUGCACUUGUAAAGGGUUUGCAAAGUAAUGUAAAUCAGCUUGAUAAGCUUUUGAAAGCAUCUUGCGGAGAUGGGAAGUGUCAUAAGGUUGAUGAGGCAAUUAAAAAGCUUAAUGAAGUCAAUGAAAGCCUUAAAAAUAAGCUUAAAGAUGAACAAAAAACUCCUGUAAAUCUUACUGAAAUCCUUUCUAAGUGCAAGUUAAAUCCGUCUGUUGGUCCCUUAAAUCAGCUUAAUGAUGAAAUUACUGAGAAAAUUGAGAAGCUUAAUCAAAGAAUUUCUGAGCUUAAAAAGCAGCAUAAUGAUGAUAAUAAUAGUAAAAAUGCCUCUAAAAUUGACAAACUUAAUAAGGAUCUUCAGUCUCAUAAUGCUUCCAAGGAGUCUCUUGAUACACUGGAAGCGCUUUGUGGAUAUGCUAAGGAAGUUGAUAAAAAAUCUGAUAACACAAAAAACCUUUUAGAUAACCUUUGUGGAGGCCUCGAAAAAUUUCUCGGCCACAGUAAUGGUAAUUACACCGGAGAGGGAAUCGUGUACUCGGACCUUGACAGGCUGUGUGACGGGGUGAUGUCUUUCCUCCUUCAAUGUCUUAAAGGCAGUCAAACACUUUUAAGUCAUUAUUAUCCUGAGAUUACAAGGACAAUUAGUGAGUUAGAAGGUAAAAUAGGUAAGGGCUCUGGUGUUGUUGGAUUUCGCGAGGCCAUUGGGAUUGUGCAGCGUGGGCUGAGGGGGUAUGAGAGUGUUUUAUCUACAAAAACGGAUGGAGUUACAUCACAAUUAACUUCACUCAUAGCCACAAUUAGCGAACUAAAUAAUGAAUUUAAUAAUAUGCAUACUAUGUCACUUAGUGAUCAGUUGAAUAAUGUAUUGGUGCCAAAGGCGACUGAGUGCAGUAAUGCGGCCUUAGGUGUUGAUCUUGCGAAUUCACAGUUAGAUGACAUUCUUAGUAAUAAAUUAACGCUUUCCGUAGAGUUGGUGACGCAGGCCGUAGAAACGUUCCAAUCAUCCUGCGACGACAGGCAGGUGAAGCAAUGGGCUGACAAUGUCGACAAGGCAUUGUUGCAGCAGAAGGAGAAGAUUAAUAAAGCUGUUGAGACAGAAUCUAGAAGGGUGCACGAACGGUUGGAAAACGGGCGCAAAGCAAUAGAACAAAGUCUUGAGAACCUGAUAAAUGAAAAAAAAAAACACAUAAAGGCCAUCAAGCAGGCUGCACAGGACGCUAAAGAAGAUGUUGCUGAGUUGCUUGGUACUCUAGAAAAUCUUCUAAAGCGUCUUGACGAAGCUCAGAAUGGCAAGCUGCCUCAUGGUGGAUCCAUUGAUAAGCCAACCUUCGAAGAGCUGCAAACCUCCCUCAAAAGGGCGGUGUCCCACGCCGUCGACAAAGUGCUCAAAGACGUUGUUGGAGAGGAUGACAUAAAUGGCAAAACUGAUCGUGUAAAUAAGCCAUUUGAUCCUGUUUUCAUGAACGAAUACAAUGAGCAGACCAAAAAUGGAAAUGGAGGCGAUGGUGUGCUGAGAGAAAUAGAUCUCGCUACUCUUGACGGCUACAAUACUCAACGAUCCGGUAGCGGCGACGGCACAAAGACCACUUACUACCGGGUAAUGCAGAAACUGUCGGAAUCAAUCAACGAUCUUGAGAAUUUGCCAACAGCAAUAGAUAAUGCUAAAGGAGAAUCGGCGAGAAAGAUGGAGAAAUUGAAGCAAGAAUUUCAAACGCUGCAGAGCGAUGUUAUAAAUAUUGAACGGGUAGUAAUUACGGCCAACCAGCAAUUAAGUGAAUACAUUUCUUCCGUCGGUGUCGCUUUAACAACCGCGCAUCAGCAGGCUACUCAAGCUGUUAAAGCUCUUGAAUCAACAGUAACCCGUACAGUCUCCUCUGCCUUCUCCACCCUCACCGCCCAAGUCCACUCCCUCUUCGCGAAGCAGAAGCAGGCCGAGCUCACGCAGCUGCAUACCGUCGUCACGGCGCAGUUGGCGAGGAUAGAUGAGAUUAUCAGGGAGGAUAAAGCAACAGGGGUGAAGGGUUUUUUCAAGGAAAUGAACAGUUUGCUUGAAGAUCAAUUUCAGAGGUCUUCGCUCAGUGAUGGUAUGAAACUAUCGGAGUUGGCUGUAAAAGCUGUAGUUUAUUUCGAGGGUCUGUUUGAAUAUCUAGAUGAAGAAUUCACACCAAGGCGUCCCAAGGCUCCACGUCAGGGGCCUGGGACUCAGAAUCACGACCCUCACGCCGCUAUGGUUGAGAACAUCAGAACUGCGCUCAACGCCUUGCUUGCCCAUCUUUGCAAAACUACAGGUAAAGCGUAUAAUUUCGAUUACACUUUCAGCAAGAAUCUAGAUGCUCUACUGAAGUCUGUCGCCGACUUAAGCGCCGAGAAAUUCGGAGAGGGCAAGCAUGCCGAUUUGCUCAAUCUCCUUAAAGACGGCGUGAAUGACUUCGGUAGGCAGCUAGAGGACGCUUACGUUAAUAGAUAUGCCGAAAGAGUAUGGUCGGAAAAUGAUUCGACGAAAUAUGCAAAAGUGUGUCUCACCACAUUCCCUAUGCUUCUUACCGGCCUAAAAGAGCUCAAAGAGAAUAUUGAAAAAUCGGGGAAUUCCUGGAGGCGGUAUGCAAUCUAUAAUUCCAGGCAGCCGCAGUCCUCCCUAUAUGGCGUCUUCCUUAGAGACAACGGUUACGAUGUUGGCCGUGAUGAAUACAUACAACGUGGAGAAUUGAAUUACAAAACAGGGUUCAACGGCGGUAAUAUUCUUCAGCACCUCACUAGCGCAAACCAUGUGCUUUUUAGUCCAUCUGCUAAUAGCCUCUCCGGCCUUACCGGGUCUACCGGUGAUGACGAUGAUGCUGACCUGCCAAUAGAGGUAGUUAACGAGGAGGGUAUACUUCCUCAGCUUCACAGCUACCUUAAACCAUAUGCCGAGACAUGUCAUCUCUCUACUUUCUCCUCCAAGAAGUCACCCUGUAGCAUAUACGAAAUGCUACUUUGGCUGACAGGUCUGCAGUUCAAUUCCGUGUAUGAAUCACUUAUAGACCACAUUCACAGCCUGUUUCUGGUGGAUGACGACUCACAGCCGCCUCAAAAAAUACUUAAGCCGAUAGACGCGUAUCCUAAGUCAUUUUUGCCUAACGAUGUUAAUUACGCACUUGAUCACAUUUGUUCACAUUCGUACGCCGUCCUCACCGCCCUCAUAGGGACGGGGGACGCAUACACGAACUACGCUUGCGACUUUUCAUGCAAUCACAUAGGUCUACAUUAUCCUACCUCUGGGGAAAAAUUGUCUCAGCACGCUUCUUGA